AUGCCUCAGAUAGAGGAGGCACAAGAACUAUGGUCAACUCUUGACGCUACUAUUCUUCAGUGGAUUUACGUUACUAUUUCUCAUGAUCUUCAUACCAUUCUUGAAACUGACACCACAGUCAUGGAGGCUUGGAAUAGAUUGCGUGACAAAUUCCAGGAUAACAAAUACUCUCGUGUCGUCACCCUUGAGCAUGACUUCACUCACACAGACAUGGCAAAUUUCCCAAAUGUCUUUGCCUAUUGUCAACAUCUCAAAUCUUUGUCAAAUCAACUCAAGAAUGUCGGUUCUCCCGUUGACAACAAUCGACUAGUUCUUCAAAUGGUCUCUGGUCUCACUGAACCCUACAACGGUGCGACCACCCUUAUUCGCCAAAGUGAUCCCUUGCCCCACUUUUAUCAAGCUCGUUCGAUGCUCACUCUUGAAGAGGUCGGCCUUGCCAAAAAAGCGGCAUAG